UCCUGCGGGCGUCGAGGGAGGACCUCUGUCACCAGGGCAGUAGAGCGAGCCGACUCUCGUUGCCGUAGACAACCACUAAACAGAAUGAAGUUUCCAUGCUGCUACUAAAUUUCUCUAUUAGCGCUCAACAGACGCUUGUGUUCCAGCAUUUCUUACGUGAAAUGCGGUUAGUGUUUUACAAUAAAAUUGAGAACAUAUUUAUUUUCUAUUUUAAAAGAAACUCAAGUGUUUGACAUUAUGUAACUGACUCUGGUUUUGAAUUUUAAAUAGUAUUUUUUUAUACAAGGGCGAAAACAAAACAUACAUAUAUAUUUGAUAUAAAGUUUUGAUACGGUAAAUUAGGAAGUGUUGAAUCCUAGACGAUAAUUGAGUUUGUGAUGAGCAAGUAAUCAGCAAGUUAGCUCGCACCAUGAUAGUUGGGGUAUAUAUCAGUUCCCUUCUGGUGGGGUUCCUGUGGCAGGCUUCACCAGUCUGCUCUACAGACGAAGCGCCUCUGGUGGCCGUUUACGCCGUGCGGGGAGGGACGGCCCGGCUACCCUGCAAGCUGACCACGCGGAUUCAGGAUCCGGUUAUACUCGUCUUGUGGUACAAGAACGGCACCAAAACUCCCAUCUACAGCGUGGAUUCCCGGAGUAGAGAUCAGGAGGUGGCCGCGAGCAGCAUCCACAUCUCCCAGGGGCUGCAGAGCAGGGCCAGCUACCGUCAAGAACGGUGGAGUUGGACUCUGAUCCUGAAGCAAGUGGAGCUGAGUGAUCAGGGCGAGUACCGCUGCCGCCUCGACUUUCAGUCCUCUCCUACACACAACUCCAGAGUACUUCUUCGUGUGGUUGAACUACCUGGAGAUCUCCGCGUGUAUAGCAGUGGAGGGACGGAGGUACUGGAGGAGGCGGCGGUGCAGGAGGGCCACCCCCUCACACUCUCCUGCACAGCUACAGGAGGGCAGCCCCUGCCUAACGUGACGUGGUGGUCCGGGUCCACCCUGCUGGACGCGACGACGGAGGACCGGAGCGAGGGCGCCAGGGGGUCGGAGGCCACCACGGCCUCCAGCGUCACCAACACACUGCGCCUUGCAGCCGUCACUCGCCACCACCUGGCUCACAACCUCACCUGCAUGGCCGCCAACACACCUCUCAUACCCCCGCUGGUCGCCUCCGUCCUUCUCACUGAGACAGACUCCCGGCUGGUGGCGCAGCUGUCGGCGCCCCCUGGCAGACUGUCGAGCGGUCGUCCCUACGACAUGAGGUGUGUGUCCUCUGGUGUGAGGCCGCCCCCUACCCUCACCUGGCGGCUCCGAGGUCAACCUCUCACUCAUAACAUCAACGUGAGCUUGGGCGAGGAUUCUGCUGUGUCUCUCCUGCGGCUGGUGGCGUCUGCUGGCGACGACGGCAGUCUGCUAGAGUGUCAGGCUGCUGCCCCAACUCUGCCUCACCUCACAGCCUCGGAUUCCACCAGACUCUCAGUGCAUUAUGUUCCCGAGGCAAGUAUCAGCAUCGCAGGGAUGGCUGGUCGGCUGGGAACUGAGGUGGGUGGUGGAGCUGAGGUGGGCGGCGGAGCUGAGGUGGGCGGCGGAGCUGAGGUGGGCGGCGGAGCUGAGGUGGGCGGCGGAACUGAGGUGGGCGGCAGUGCGCUGGGCGGUCAACUGAGACAGGGUGACUCUGUCACCCUAAUCUGCACCGCGCGCGCCAACCCUCCCGCCUACAACGUCACCUUCUUGUUCAAUGGGCGUCUUCUCGACAGAGACCAGGUGAUCAGAGACGGGAGGAGCCUCACCUUGAAGCACCUGACCCACAGGGACGCCGGCCUCUACACCUGCCUCGCCUCCAACCCUGAAGGGGACGGUCAGAGCAACGCCGUGGCUCUGCACAUUGCCUACUCGCCGGUGUGUGAGUGGGACGAACCCGUGGAGAUGCUGGCGGUGGCGGGGGAGGAGCUGGAGAUGGAGUGCCGCGUCGCAGCAUCACCGCCGCAAGUGACCUUUAACUGGGAGAGUAUAACCUACCUCUCUAACAUGCAUGAGGAAGUUCGAGGAGCUCUGCGUCACAAGGACGAGGGCCUGACGUCAGUAGGGUGGGUGACGUCUAGUAACGUCAGCGGCGUCAGUCAGCGAGCCGAGUGUCAGCCCAGCAACGUGAUAGGCCCUUCCGACCAGCCCUGUGUCUUCACCAUUCUUCUUAUUGGACAGCCAAGCACACUGAUUGGCUGCUAUUACCAUGACGUGACGACGGACUCUGCUAGUGUCACCUGUUCCCCUGGCUCCGCAUCCAGUCACCUUCCUGAGUCCUACCAUCUUGAGGUGCGCGAGGGGACGGAGGUGGUGGCCGUGUACAACAGCAGUGAGCCCAAGUUCAACGUGACGUCUCUGGCCCCGAGCCGGGACUACGUGCUGGCCAUGUACGCAAGCCACACUAAGGGUCGGGGUAACCAGACCACACUACUGAUGAAGACCCACACCCCAAGGCUGAGCAAGUGGCUCCCGAGGGGGUACCCGUCAACGUGUUGAGCACCGGGGAUGGAUCAGCCAGCCCGACCAUGCCUCCGUGGACCAGAAAGUGGGUACCGGCAAGUGUGGUGGUGGGCGUGGUGGUGGGGAUUGUGGUUGGCGUGGCGGUUGUUGCUGCGGGCGUGGCGACCUGCCGCGCGCGUCAGGCUUUCGGCAGCCCCUUCUCCAGCCGGACCCACCAACAGGCAUCACAGGACCCACUGUUUCAGCUGCCGCAGGGUGGCCUGUAUCAGGCCUGCACCACGCAGCACUCCUGCGAGCUACUGACGACGUUCACUCCGGGGCCUGUGGUGGUGACGCAAGCGACACCUGGAAGGCCAUCGCGAAGACUGUCCAGCCACAUCCAUCAGGGGCCUGGCUCCAGAGUUACCUGCAGCAGAGGGGGUCCCGUGCACCUGCUAGAGGUAGAAGCGGAUAAUAUCGCAACCCCGACCGUGAAGAUCGAGUCGCCUUCCAAAUUGCCGGGUUUGAAAGAUGACGGCCUGAAUCUUCGCUACUUGCUGCCUCUGUCUCCUCAUUUUGAACACUUCCAGCGUUCCAGGAGAGCAUCUGAUGACAGACCACAGACUGACUCACAGCACCAGUUAUUAUUUCAUAAAAACGAUUAUUGCCAGGCUUAUUUACCAUCCCAGGGAUCUUCCCGGCUUCAGCCUCUGGCUACAGCAUAUCAUCCACAGCAACAAAUACACACUGUAACUGUCCCUCACACUAUACCAAACAUUCAGCUCAUUCCACAUCUCUCCACUGUAAGCGUGCCUCACACUACCACCCAACAUUAUGCCGUCGCCACCCAUUGCUCUGCUUCUAAAGCUCACACUACCACUCAGCCGCAAACUGCAACACUGCAGACUACACAGCUGCAGUGCCGAGCUGUGCCCAGAUCACAAACUUUUUCCGCUCCACAAGUCACAACUUUUCUACAGGCUUCCACACAUCCCAAAGCCACAACUUCCUCCAAGGCUUCUACACAUCCCAAAGCCACAACUUCCUCGCAGGCUUCCACACAUCCCAAAACCACAACUCACCAACCGGCCACCACUAUCCAAGAAGCAACCACGAUACCUCAAGCCAAUGAACCCCCACAUGAGGGCCACCAUCCACACAACUCCCAUUUAAGCUUGGAAACACCUCUGGCAUGUUCAGCAUCUCUCCUAGAUAACCCCAGGCCGAAAAUACCUCCUGAUCUUCAGUACUCCCCAGGGCUCCAGAGACGCCGUAUUCCCAGGUUCCAGGUGAGUGAACCUGAGGAAAGUUCACCUGUCUCACGCUUGUGCUCACAGUUUGUCUCACUCGUUGAACCCAGCCCACACCUGGACCGCAGAUCUCACCUGGACCCCAGAACUCACCUGGACCCCAGAACUCACCUGGACCCCAGCCCUCAACUGGACCCCUGUCGUCACAUUGAGUCAUCCUCAACACACCAAGACCCAACUACACCUGACAACACUUCAAUAAACUUUUUUUCAAUUUUUCGGUA